UAUGAUUUAAGUAUAAAUACUCAAUAUUGAGUAUCGUAAAGAGGAAGCUCAGUACCUUACUCAUUACGAUGUUAAGGAGCUUAGUACUUUACUAAUAUAAUAUAACAAUAUAUUAUAGCCUGUAGUUGUAUUAUAGAACGCUAAGUCAUUAUUAUAUUUACUAUUAUUUAUUUCUUUCCUUCGUUAUAUUGUUUUGUUUACUUUGUAGUAUUCAUUUUUAUUUUUAUAUACUACAACCUGUUAAAUAAAAUUACCUUACAAUUAUAUUGUAAAUCUUAAAAUUGUAUUAUUUUUAUUGAUAAUUGAAGUCAAAUAGUUGUGAAUAUAGAUAUGGAAAAGAAAGGCAAGAAUACUAGUCAAAAGAAGAAUCUUGCUAAAAUGCAAACCAUGAAAUUAAAUGAUUGCAAAGCAGUCAUAUUAAAGCUGGUGGAUGAAUUACUUGAUGCGACGAGCAUGAUGUCCAAUUCUCCAUCAAUCAAAGAGCAAUGGUCCAUACAUUUGGUGAUUGUCAACCUAUUAUCUAAGAUUAAUCAGUUUGAAGCAGAGUUUGAUUUGAAGCCCUUGUCUCAGAGAAAUGAUCAAUCUAUCGAGAAGUUGACUAAAUGGGCCACAAAAAAUGGUGCUAUUCUUAAUGGAGUAGAAAUUCAUCAAUUUGAAAAUUAUGAGUAUGGUAUGAAAGCUACUAAAGAUAUCGCUGUUGGUGAUAAGCUUGUGACUGUACCUAGAGCAUUGAUGAUGACUGAAGAAAAUAUACCAUCAUCUCCACUAUGGAAAUUGCAUUCACAAGACAUGAUGCUGCGUAAUAUGCCAAAUGUGGCUCUGGCAAUAUUCAUUUUGGUCGAAUGUUUGCGAAAAGAUAAGAAAAGCUUUUGGCAUUCAUAUUUAACUACCUUGCCAGUAACUUAUUCAACGCCAGUAUAUUUUGAUGUAGCUGAUCUAGAAGCUUUGAAAGGAUCGCCUGCAUUUGAAGCAGCACUGAAACUUAAUAGAAAUAUAGCUCGACAAUAUGCAUACUUCAAAAAACUGUUUCAGCUAUCCAAUGAUCCCGCUAGUGUAAUAUUAAAAGAUACGUUUACUUAUGAGUAUUAUAGUUUUCACGGUGGAUUAGAAUCGGAUUGAAAACUGAAAAACGUC